GUCUCUAUGGUCUCGGCAGCCUAGAAAGACCGAAAGGGCACUUCCGGGAAGGUGGCGGCUCACAAGUCAGGGUUCAUGAAAGGGACUCCUUAGAAGAGCAGGGAGGAUGGAUGAGGACUGCGUUGGACACCUUCUCCUUUCCUCUUAAGAGGUGACGUCACCUCUUCUUUGCUGGUGACAGCCUGAGGGACAGAGCCGCUUUGGCACCAUGAGUGUCGCUCCAGAGACCAAGAGUCGUGGGAUGAAGUUUGCUGAAGAGCAGCUGCUGAAGCAUGGAUGGACUCAAGGCAAAGGCCUGGGCCGGAAGGAGAAUGGCAUCACCCAGGCCCUCAGAGUGACGCUGAAGCAGGACACUCAUGGGGUGGGACACGACCCUGCCAAGGAGUUCACAAACCACUGGUGGAAUGAACUCUUCAACAAGACUGCGGCCAACUUGGUAGUGGAAACCGGGCAGGAUGGAGUACAGAUAAGGCGCCUUUCUGAGGAGACUACCCGUGCUAGUCGUCCCAAGCCCAACCUGCUGUAUCAGAAAUUUGUGAAGGUGGCCACGCUGACUUCAGGUGGAGAGAAGCCAGACAAAGACUUGGAGAGCUGUAGUGACGAGGACAACGAGGGGCCCAACCCACCAAGGAUUCUGACUGACGAGAUGCUGCUCCAGGCCUGUGAGGGGCGAACAGCACACAAGGCUGCUCGUCUGGGGAUCACGAUGAAGGCCAAGCUUGCUCGGCUAGAGGCCCAGGAACAGGCCUUCCUGGCUCAACUCAAGGGCCAGAACUCUGGGAGCAAGCUCCCCCAGAAAAAGAAAAAGAAAAAGCAGCCGGAAGAGGAGGAAGAGGCCGCAGCAACGGAAGGUCAUGCAGAUGAGCAGCACCCGGAGCACGCCGACCAGAGCGUCCGGAAGAGCAAAAAGAAAAAGAAAAGACGCCAUCAAGAAGAGGUCUCAGCUGGGAGUGAGGGAGCAGCCGUAGGGGCAGAGGAGGAAGAGGCCGCAGGAGCAAGCGGGCUUGGAGCAGUGCCCAGCAGAGAGCAGACCGACCACAGGAGGAAGAGGAAGAAGAGGCGGCAUCACCAGGAGGAGGACUUGGGGGUCUUGGAUAGUGGAGGAAGAGGUCCAGAGACGGAGGCGGGGGAGAGCGGGGCAGCUGACCCGGGCAGCAGAAGCGCGAGGCGGCAGCUCAGGGACGUGCACUCGGAAGACGGAGAAGCUGAGGAGACCGUCUCGGCAGGUGGGGCUGGGGGAGCAGAGCGCGGGGCAUGCAGGAAUCGCAGACACAGGAAGCAGAAGAAAAGACAGCAUCGAGGGGAAGAGGAGGUGGCCAUGGAGGUAAGGGGUGAAGAGGAGGGUGGCAGGACUGGGGAAGAGGGCAGGGCACACAGCAGCUCAAGCAGCAGAAGCAAGAAGAGGCGGCGGCAGCACCCAGAGGAGGCGCCUGCUAGGACCAGCCCCAACCAGAGAGCCAAGAAGAAGAAACGGAAGAAGAGAGACUGAAUCCUCGUCACAGCAGCGUUCAGCUCUACUCAGUGGCCUUGGACACAGUGGCCUCGGACACUGGGGCCAAUGGCCGUGACUGCAGCCCCUCAAUGAAGACGGUCCCAAGCGGAAACACACUCAGGAACCGCAGUCUGCUGAGCGGAGCAAGCGGGCACCGUCCCCUGCACUGUGCUGACCCAGACAUCACGGACUCGGGCGCCUGCAGGGCAAGGCGGGCUGGGGGCGGGGGCGGGGGCGGGACCUCUCUGCUGAAAACAUCAACUUGCCAGACACGUCCUGGCUUGUGAAUGCUGAUGGAACAGAUUCAGCUCUGGGGGCCACCUUCACCCAGAUGGCCGGCUUCCGACAUUCUACCAAAUGGCUGAAUAAACUUCAGCUCGGGCUCCUAGCCUACGGGUACGUCCAGACUGGCAUCUCCGUUCCCAGCAUGGGAAGGCUCUGAGUACAAAUUAGGAAAUUUCCCUUGGAGGCUUCUGGAGAAAUUGUUACUCUCCUGUGUGCUUGCUGACCUCACCCAGCGCCCUGCUCCCCACACGGUCCAGAACCGCACGUCCAUGAGGGACAGCUCACCUUGCUUGGCACCGACCAGUGAGUUCCCAGGACAUGGCAGUCUCUUGCCUAUCCUGUUUCCCCCCGAGAGAGCACAUCUCCAGGACUGCUCUGGGAGCUCCCGUCACCCACAAAUCUUGCCAGAAGAUUCCAAGGAUGCCACCAUUCUGGGAGAGAGAGGCACUAGGUCUUUAUUGGGACGGCUGCUGCCACAGUCCCUCACUGCAGGCGGUAGACACACUCCGUGUCUGGGUAGGGCGGCAGGUUCAGCUGGUACUUCUUUUCCAGAGCAGGUGGCACAAAACGACCCCCAAGGUAGUGGUAGCGGC